AUAUCAGACAGUAUGCUGAAGAAUGUACUGACUUUAUCUCAACUGUCUUGUUCGCCUAUCGGACUACUCAACACCAUACUACUUGGUAUAAGCCCUUUUUUCUAGUAUACGGCCGUAACAUGUUACUACCCAUCGAAACGGUUAUCACUUCAUACCCAGUGGAACCAACUACUGAGGAUGAAUUACAAGACUGUCUUUCCUGGAGAAUUGAUUCUAUAUUAGGCACUCUAGAGAGUGCCCAAAACCAAGCCCAAGAAAAUAUU